AUGGACCUGAAGAUGCUCCUAGUCUUUAUUGCACCUCUCCUUUAUUCAACUCUAGGCUUCCCUAUUCAGGAACGCAAUGGACAUGCUGGUGCAAAUGUUACUGUUUAUCCUACGAAGAGUGAAGUGACCCCUUCUAGUGACAUUUUACAGUCCUCUCAAGAAGCUGAGCUGGCUACAGAGACAGACACAAAGGAAGACGUUUUUAACCGAAUUUUGAAAGCUAACGCAGACACCACCCAGCGCUUGCGUGAAGGUGACAUUGUUAUGACAAAGAGCCGAAGUGCUAUUGGCUGUUCAGAUCGCUCAUGUUUUUGGCCCCAAUCCAGUGAUGGCAUUGUCCGUGUCCCCUAUGUCUUCUCCCCCGACUAUGAUGAGGCACAAAUACGGUGGAUUAGUGAAGCCAUGGCAGAGUUUGAAAUUCUAACUUGUAUUGAUUUUGUGAAUCGCACAACAGAAUCUGACUAUCUAAAUAUUAAGUCAGGGAAAGGCUGCUGGUCCCACUAUGGAAAGACUGGAGGUGGCCAGAUUGUGUCUGUGAUGAAGCAAGGCUGCAUGUGGAAAGGGGUAAUUCAGCAUGAACUGAACCAUGCACUGGGCUUUCUACAUGAACAGGGUCGAAGUGACAGAGACAGUUAUGUAAAGAUUAUGUGGGAGUACAUUAGUUCAGGUAAUAAAAGCAACUUUAAGAAAUCUGAUAAUUCCAACAACCUGGGCCUUCAAUAUGACUAUUCCUCAGUGAUGCACUACGGCACAAAUGCUUUCUCUAACACCCCUGGGAAAGCAACUAUUAUACCAAUUCCUGAUGCGUCUGUACCUGUUGGACAGAGAUAUGGACUGAGUAACCUGGAUGUGGCCAAAAUCAACAAGCUCUAUAACUGCAAUCGCUGCAGCACCAUCCUUGAUAGCCCAUCUGGAUCACUGAGCUCUGACAACUACAUGUCAAAAUACUCAGGCAAUGCUACCUGUUUCUGUCUCAUCCGAAUCCCAUCCAAACGGGUUUCUCUGCAGUUUGAUGCUUUUAGUCUGAAGUCCUCCACAGACUGUAAAACUGAAUAUGUUAAAAUAUAUGAUGGGGUCAGCCAGUCUUCUGAGGUUCUACUGGACAAGACUUGUGGGACAAAGAGUCCCCCAACCGUAACAGCUUCUGGUAGAACUAUGCUUGUGGAGUUUGUCAGGGGUGGCACUGGUGCAGCCACUGGCUUCAAGAUCUCCUACACCUCUGGUAGGUCCAAGCCCAGGAAGAAUGGCAGAGAAUCAGAUGUAAACAAUGUAAAAUCAAAAGUCUUUUAG